UCACGAGGCCACGGCAUUCCUGAGAAAUGCAAAGCUUUUCUUCUGGUUGAUUGAUAUGACUGAGGGGCGUCGGAGCUGCUUAAUAAAUAGAGCUGGGGAGGUUUGAGAGGACCAUCCUCCUGACGGUCUGCUGCAGCCUGCAACAGCAAACUGCCUUUACGAUGAUGUCGGUGUCGCUCUUCCCGAUGCUGCUGCUGCUGUCAGUGCGCGCCGCUCUGACUGAGGGCGUCGCUGCGCCGCUCCUGACCUUCACAGACACGGACCCCGUCAGCGGCGCGCCGCUGGAGUGCGACCGCUGCCCCCCUGGGACCUACCUGCGCGCACGCUGCACGUCGACGCAAAAGAGCGACUGCGCGCCGUGUCCUGCGGGCUCGUUCACGGAACUGUGGAACUACAUCGGCAAGUGUCUCCGCUGCUCAGUGUGCGGCCAGAACCAGAUAGUGAAGACGGCGUGCGCCGCCGACAGCGACUGCCAGUGUCAGUGUCAGCGGGGAUAUUACCACAAGAAGAAGUACGACAUGUGCCUGCGCCACAGCGAGUGCCCGCCCGGACGACAGGUGCUGACACUAGGUACAGAUGACAAGGACACAGUGUGCCAGGUUUGUCCCAACAACACCUACUCCAACACCUUCUCAGCUCACGAGAACUGCACGGAGCACAAAAGCUGCGCGGCUGCAGGGCUGCAGCUGCUGCUGAAGGGCGCCGCCUGGCACGACAGCGUGUGCACGAGCUGCGACGAGCACGGUUCUAAAGACGGAGCCGACUACCUCAGAGAAAUCCUCCCGUCCUUCUUCGUCCACCAGAAAAUUUCCAUCAGGCGGCUGCGUCAGAUCGUGCAAAAGCUCCCGUCUGAGGGCCGCAGAAGUCACGGAGCAACCUGGCAACUUACCUACUCAGAGGUUCAAGAAAGGCUCAACACUUGGAUCACUUCUGCCACAGCCGGGCAGAUUCGGCAGCUUCCGGCGUUACUAACAAUAAAAGGAGCAACCGGCGCUGGUGAGAAGCUGCGGAGCAAGCUGCAGAGAAUCGACUCUCAUCUGAUUGAGCUGUGUGCUGGGAAUGAGGUGGAAGUCGUUUUACAGGUCGAUAGGGCUGAAGUAGAAAACACCCUGUUAUAAGUACCAAAGAGUUUGGUCCAGUGUUCAUUUAAAAAUGCUGCCCUGUUCGAGAUGCACUACAAAUACAGGCUUAGUUAAAGGAGAAUACCGGCCAAUCAGAGCAACAGGUCAUUUCCUUCUAUCUGCAUCUAGUUGAUUCAUUCCCUCAUUUUUCAGUGCAUUCCAGGCUUUUGUUGAUUUUUCCUCUUCGACUCGACCAAAGAAUCCAAACACUUUGUGCCACCGAGCUUGAGAUGACCUGCUGUCCUGCUGUAACUUCAUUUAAAAAGAAAAGUGAUACGUGUUAAAAUAAACUAUGCAAGGCAACAUGUUUUGGAGGACACUUGAUUUCAGGUCAGGUGAUUGACAGGAGCAAUGUAAUAUAAUGCAGAGCUAAUAAUGUGGGCCAAAAAAAAAAAGUAUGUUCACGCACAGAAAAUCUGUUUUUUUAAUUUGUUCUCAGAUAGAUUCCUCACAGAUGUACUGAUUAAAGUACAUUUAUGAGCUCAUA